GCCCGCAGCUGCCUGCUUCUUCCCUACCUGGGAGACUCCUGGGGCCAUGUCCUCAGUUCCCAAGCCCAGGACAGCGGCCAUCCUGUCACAAUGAAUAUUGUCCUCUCCAGGGACAGCCAGGUGCGGGUGAUGGAGGACACGGUGACCCACGCCGAGAGGUACUUCGGCCAGUUCUGCGCGCUGCUGGCCUCCUACACGCGCAAGACGGCCCGGCUGCGGGACAAGGCCGACAGGCUGGUCAAGCAGCUGCUGGACUUUGCCAACACUGAGAACCCUGAGAUGCGGGCCGCCAUGAAGAACUUCGCGGAGGACCUGGCCAAGGUGCAGGACUACCGGCAGGCCGAGGUGGAGAGACUGGAGACCAAGGUCGUCAACCCCCUGAAACUGUACGGGGCACAGAUAAAGCAGACACGGGCAGAGAUCAAGAAAUUCAAACGUGUCCAGAAUAACGAGAUCAAACAGCUGGAAAAACUGGAGAAACUGAGGCAUAAGUCACCUUCAGACAGACAAAUGAUUGUAUCCUUCCGGGAACAUGGUCUGCAGUCCCAG